UGUGCAGAUGCAUCCCCGCGCCAGUGAGCUGUUCUAUGUGAUCAACGCGACGGAGCUGGUCGUCGGCUUUGUGGAGGAAAACGGUGGCCGCACCGUCGAGAACACCCUCAAGACGGGCCAGCUGUCCUUCGUGCCAAAAGGCCUCAUGCACUGGCACUACAACGCCGGUAGGCAGGAGCGGCGCACCGGACCGACAGCCAAGCUAGAUAGAAUUCCUAUAUAUGUGUUGGUUAAUCGACCUUCUUCUGUGAUCACUGUAGGAUGCGAGGACGCUGUCUUUUUGUCGACAUUUAAUCACGAGGACCCCGGUGUGGUGACGAUCGUCAACGCGCUGUUCGACAUCAACGCGACGUCCCUGCAGGCGGCACUCAACGUCGACCGCGCGCUGGUCGCCGACCUCAAAACGAGUGUACCCCCGUCACCCGUCCCAGGCAUCGCAGAGUGCCUCAGGAGAUGCGGGCUGGAAGGUAGGCAUUCCAUUCAGCAUUCAGCAGUCACUCUCACUCUCACCGUCCGCCGUGCAAGUGCGUGUGUCUGUGUGUGUGUGUCAUAUAGCUGUGGAUCCGUGUGAGCUCAAGCGGUGCGGCAACCAUGAGCGUUGAAGGGUCAACGACGAGGGCAAGGCGGUGUGCGAGUGCAGGGACCAAUACGCGAGGGACGAAAACGGCGACUGCAGACACGUCGGGGGCUGGGGCGAGGGGUAGAUAUGAUAUGUGUCACAGAGAUACACACACACCAUCCAUCCAUCCAUCCAUUGUGCAGUGCAUCCUCUCACUCCUUCACUCAUCGUUUCCUGCCGAUGUAUAGGUGUCACGUAGAGGGGCGCUAGGUAGGCUAGGGGGAGACAGACAGAGGGGGACGGGACGGGACGGUACGGGAAAGGACAGCUGGACGCUUCUUUUUUACGUAUGCUGUAUGUACCAUGGUGGCCAUCCACCCCACCCAGCUCAGCCGCCUUCAUACAUACGUCCAUCCAUCCACCCAUCCAUGGCCCUUCGUCUCUUAUUUGUAGUGAGUGAAUCGGUGUGUAUCCUUUAUCUAUCUAUCGCUCUCUGUGUGUGACUCACUGACACAACGAAUGCGGGCAGGCAGGCAGGAAACCACGCCACGCCCUCUGGCCUGGCCGCCUGGGUGGCGGCCGGCCGUGUGUGAUGGACUGCCUGCCUGAUUGUUUGCCGUUUACUGUUGGCCAUCCAUCCAUCUGUGCUGCCUGGCAUCCAUGUGCUGGCUGGCUGCAUGUGGCGACGGACGAUGGGUGCGACUUACUUACUGCUUUAGUGGGUGGGUGGGGCUGGGUCGGAUAGAGGCUUGGCUUGGCUUGGCUUGGCUGGGGUGUAUUUGUUUGUCUCCUUCACUACCGUGAAGCUAAGCCGAUCAUCCUGGCUGGGGGCGGGGCGUGUCGAUAGGGCAGGCAGGAAGGCGGAGAGAAAGAGGGAGGAGUGAAGUGCCUUUAUCGCUUCGGUCGAGGAGGCGUGUGUCGUGCGUGUCGUGGUGUCGCUAUACUCUGUAACUAGGCAGGCAUCUGUAGUUUUUUCCAGGCGUUCUAGUAGUGAUCCAGAUCUGUCUUUUGUCUUGCCUUCAUCCUUGAGGGUCACCUUUCGUCUGUCCCUCUCGGAGUCCUCCGAUGCCACCUCGCCACCCUUCCAUGUCACUCGUGGCAUCGUGUGGGGUGGGUCGGUGGCGGGGCGGCGGCCGCAGGACAGAGAGGGCAGACCAAAGGAAGCAAGCAGCACCCACACACACCACAGACAGACAGACAGACCGGCCCUGUGUAUCUGCCCGGCAUGAGACCCUCAGUCAGUCUGUCAUCUUGUUGUUACAUUGGACACCUCCCGGCAGCUCACUGGCCUGCCUUCUGUCUUUCAUGCCCGACAUGACUUUGGUCUUUCUGUGCCGUGUGAGUGCACUGUGGGACUGAGGUGGUGGCGGGGGUCAAAGGCAAAGCGGGACAGAGAGGCCCUUAAAAGGGCAUAUGCAUUCAGUGAGUGCGGAGUCAGUGGGGACUCCACUCACCGCAGAUCGAUGAAUCCAUCAAACG